GGAGAUGGGAGUGUUUUUCUGUGGCUACCUGCCUCUGCUUUGCUCUGCUGGCAGCUGAACUGUUACACUUGUUUGUUUUAAACGGCUGCCGAAGUUCGUCUUGGGAUUCAGCGACUCGUUGGACAGCUUUUAACGCAGAUCGUUUCAAUCGGUUUCUUCACAACCUGCUUCGGGUUUCAGGGCAGAAUUCUUUGGCAGGAGAAAGUUGAUGGUUUUCGCUGGGACGGAACAGAACAGGUAAAAGAUGACGUGGUCUCCUCUCAAGGUAAGACGUGGUUUGAUCGAGUCUAGGAGUUGAUGUAGAUUGGCUGGAACCUUUGGCGAGUGCCAUCAUGGAAGAGGUGUUGAUGGAUUGGAAUUUCGUGUCCAAUUCAAAGGUGGAGGAUAAACCAAUCUUGUUUCAAAAUGGUUCAAGUGGAUCUCAAAAUGUUCGGCAUGUACAAGAGCUUUUCCACGAAGACGCACAGGUUUCGCAGUCCCAAGUGAAGCCCUGGUGGAAGGUCCAGAUUUUUGUCUGGGAACCUGUGCUGUUUGGAACAUGGGACGGAGUCUUUACUUCCUGUAUGAUCAACAUCUUUGGUGUUGUUCUGUUCCUGCGGACCGGGUGGCUUGUGGGAAAUACUGGCGUCCUGCUGGGAAUGUUCAUGGUGACCCUGGUUGUCUCGGUUGCUCUGGUGACGGUUCUAUCUGGAAUUGGGGUGUGGGAACGGUGCAGUCUCGGGAGUGGUGGAGUGUAUUCGAUGCUCUCUACAGUUUUGGGAGGUCGUGUAGGGGGAACCUUUGGACUUCUCUACGUGUUUGGACAGUGUGUUACAGGUGCUAUGUACAUCACAGGCUUUGCAGAAUCCAUUGCUGACUUGUUGGAUCUCAGUAACAUCUGGGCAGUGCGAGGGAUUUCCAUUGCUGUGCUGAUGGGAUUACUGGGAAUUAAUCUCGCAGGCGUCAAAUGGAUCAUCCGACUUCAGCUGCUCUUACUUGCGAUGCUGGCUAUCGCUACCAUGGAUUUUGUUAUUGGGACUUUCUCACACUUAGACCCAGAUUAUGGGUUUGUGGGAUACAGUGAGGAGUUACUUCGGAACAACACAUUACCAGACUAUAGCCCAGAAGAAAGUUUCUUCACUGUGUUUGGUGUUUUCUUUCCAACUGCAACGGGGGUAAUGGCUGGAUUCAACAUGAGUGGAGACCUACAAAAACCUGCUUCCAACAUCCCCAUUGGGUCGUUGGCAGCUCUGGGCAUCUCAUGGUUCCUGUAUUUAGUGUUUGUUUUUUUACUGGGAGCCAUUUGUACAAGGGAGGCACUCCGAUUUGAUUUCAUGAUAGCCGAAAAGGUUGCUUUAGUGGGUCUGCUUUGGCUGCUCGGACUCUACAUUUCCUCUUUAGCCUCCUGUAUGGGGAGCCUUUAUGGAGCACCUCGAAUCCUUCAAUGUAUCGCACAAGAACGAGUGAUCCCUGUCCUUGGGUUUCUGGGCCAAGGGAAAGGGCCGAACAAAACUCCGAUCGCUGCGAUAUGUCUGGUUGGACUUGUGACAAUGGCUUUUAUCCUCAUUGGCCAAGUCAAUGUUCUUGCCCCGAUUGUCACCAUAAACUUUAUGUUGACUUACAGCGCGGUGGAUUAUGCCUAUUUCUCAGUGUGCAUGAGUUAUGACAUCCAGCAGAAUGCAAAGGCACAGCAUAAAGACAUUUCCAGAUCUCCUCGGACUUCACAGCCUCUGAUUUUAGAUAGGCCGCAGAACUACGGGACUGACGGGCCAAUUAGAGGCAGUACAAACGGGUCAUUGCUGGAGUUCAACAAGGAUAUGAGCCAAAUCUUCCACCCUAUGGUGUCGCAGGACAAACAAGAAAAGAUGAAGAAGAAUAGGAGGAAAGAGAAGACUUUAAAUCGCUCUGUCCGAUUGAAAAAAGUCCGGAAACCUGCGAAGGAGACAUUGCAGGACAGUUUUAUGCUAGAUUUCGAUAACUCAAAUACUACUGUGAAAGAAGACAAUGAUCUGGUGUCAGAGGGGAAGGCUGUUGGUGACUUAGCAAACCAGGGGCCAGAGGACCAGGAACUCCAGGAUCUUUCAACUUCUGUUGGCCCUCAGACUCUAGAAGCCAAUCAAAAUGGGAACAACUAUGUAACUGCAUCUACGGAACAGUAUUUCACAGAUGUGGAAGACUCGUUGGAACCGAGACGUUAUGGUUCCACUGAAAGGCAGAAGUCUCAGGAAACAGAAAUUUACGCAAUGCCAACAUCAUUUUAUUCUAAGCUUUGCAACCACUGGCUUUCAUUCAUUGGUGCAAUAAUAUCAAUCGUAAUCAUGUUUGUGAUUCACUGGAUUUAUGCCUUAAUGAACAUAGCGAUGGCAUUGUUCACCUACUUCUACAUUGGCCAGAUGAGCCCUGGACUGCCGCUUGGUUUAGCCAACGACUUCAAUUUCUUCCGAUGGAUUCAGGAAGUCUUCAAAAAUUUACAAAGGAAAAGACCAGCCUACGAAAAACAGAUUGUAAUGCCCCCCCCAUUUACAACUGUCGGAAUGGCGACCACACAACUGACAGAAGAGAACGCUGACUUUGCCUCGCGCGACCGCUACCACUGUUCCUCAGUUAUCAGCAGAGAAGACCUCAGUCGCCAAUUGAACUGAAUUUCAGCCCUCAGCUCACACAUAGCGCCUGAUGCUGUUUCCAGCCACCUUUUUGCAUCUGACUGUACGAGAGCCGAGCGCUUAUGAAGCGGGUGGUGUUUGCUUUAAAACCUCGGCUCUCACUUUAAAAACGGGACAGUUUUAUUCUUAGGAUAGGUAACGCAGCCCAACUGAUUGAGUGGCAAAGGUGUCGUGUGUGAAUCUGCAACCGCUGUGAAUGUUAUUAUUAUUAUAUUAUUAUUAUGUUGAAUGCCCGGGUAUUUUAUGCACUAUUUUUUGCAAUGGGUAUUUUCACUGGAAACAAACGUAUUCCUUUGUGAUUUUAAUUGAGGCUGUUCUUAAAGUGCCCUGAAUGCACUGCCUGAUUUUUCAAUGCCAUUUGCUGCACCCCUUGGAACUCCAUCCCACAGUCCCUUCUCCUCGCUCCCUCC